GCGCCCUUCUCUGUCCCCGCCCCCUCAGUGUCCCCGCCCCUCUCCGUGCGCUUCCUGCUCAGGUGAAGCAGCUGAGGGUGUUGGAAUGUGUCGGUGCUGUCGGUGAUUCGUGCUGCGGGACAAACAUGGAGGUCGGACUUCUCCUCUUCCUCCUAUGACUAUGAGCAGCGACGCGUGCGGGAACAGCAGAGGAUCUUGGCUGUGACGCUGCGGGCACUCUUGAGGCGUCCAGGUGUGGCUGCUCCACCUGCGGCUGCGCGAUCACUGCUGCAGUUUUGACGGGAUUUUUGCGCCCCCGGUCAGUUUGCGUCUGCCGGAGCUCACCAUGCCGGAGCUGAUCAGCGUCACGGAGUUCAUCGACGAGACCAAUGAAGACUACAAAGCUCCAACCACCUCCAACUUCACUACCCGGAUGGGCCACUGCAGGAAUGCGGUGGGAGCUCUUGAGGAGGCUCUCGACUUGGACCGGUCCGUUCUCUACAAGAUCAAGAAGUCAGUGAAGGCCAUCAACUCGUCUGGUCUGGCUCACGUGGAAAAUGAGGAGCAGUACGUUCAGUCCAUGCACAAGUUCGGGGAAAACUACCUGACCCGGGGUGACAGGGAUGACUGCGAUGUCGGCUCUGCCUUCAUCAAGUUUGUCGUUUUCACCAGAGAGCUGACAGCCCUCUUCAAGAACCUGCUGCAGAACAUGAACAACAUCAUCACAUUCCCUCUGGACAGUCUGCUGAAAGGAGACCUGAAAGGAGUGAAAGGGGAUCUGAAGAAGCCGUUCGAUAAGGCCUGGAAGGAUUACGAGACCAAACUAGCGAAGAUUGAGAAAGAGAAGAAAGAGAACGCCAAGAUGCAUGGCAUGAUUCGGACGGAGUUCAGCGGAGGAGAAAUCGCAGAGGAGAUGGAGAAGGAGAGACGAAUGUUCCAGCUGCAGAUGUGCGAGUACCUGCUCAAAGUGAACGAGAUCAAAGUGAAGAAAGGAGUAGACUUCCUCCAGAACCUCAUCAAGUUUUACCAUGCUCAGUGCAAUUUUUUCCAGGAUGGACUGAAAGCUGUGGAGACUCUGAAACCGGCCGUAGAGAAACUGUCCACAGACCUGACAGCGAUCAAACAGACUCAGGACGGCGAGAGGAAGCAGCUGGCUCAGCUCCGAGACACCCUGAAGGCGGCACUGCAGUCCGAUCAGAAAGAGGACGCCCAGGCCAAACAGAACGCAGGUUACAGCCUCCAUCAGUUGCAGGGUGACAAAGCCCACGGCAACGAGCGCUCUGGUUUCCUCUACAAGAAAAGUGAAGGACUGAGGAAGGUGUGGCAGAAGAGAAAGUGCUCGGUGAAGAACGGCUUCCUGACCAUCUGUCACGGGACGCCAAACAAACCUCCAGCCAAGGUCAACCUGCUCACCUGCCAGGUGAAGAGGAACCCCGAUGAGGAGAAGAAAAGCUUCGACCUGUUCUCCCAUGACCGGACCUACCACUUCCAGGCCGAGGACGAGGCCGAGUGUCAGAUCUGGGUGUCGGUGCUGCAGAACAGCAAGGAGGAGGCGCUGAACAAGGCGUUCAAAGGAGACCAGGACGAGGGUGAGAACAACAUCGUCCAGGAGCUGACCAAGUCCAUUGUGGGAGAGGUGAAGAAGAGGACUGGAAACAACAGCUGCUGCGACUGUGGAGCUGCAGAUCCCUCCUGGCUAUCCACGAACCUCGGGGUGCUGAUCUGUAUUGAGUGCUCAGGGAUCCACAGAGAAAUGGGGGUCCACUACUCCAGGAUCCAGAGUCUGGACCUGGACGUCCUGGGAACCUCUGAGCUGCUGUUGGCGAAUAAUGUGGGAAACGCCAGCUUCAAUGAGAUCAUGGAGGCAGAUCUGUCAGCGCAGGAAGUGACCAAACCAACUCCAACCAGCGACAUGCAGAUGAGGAAGGACUACAUCACAGCGAAGUACACCGAGAAACGCUUCGCCCGGCGGAAGUGCACCGACGCCGCGUCCAGGCUGCGGGCUCUCUAUGAGGCCAUCAGGAACCGAGACAUUCUGUCGCUUAUCCAAGUCUACGCUGAGGGGGUGGACCUGAUGGAUGCCAUCCCACAGCCCAACGAACAUGAACCCGGGGAGACGGUGCUCCACCUGGCGGUCCGAAUGGGCGACAGAAACUCGCUCCACAUUGUCGACUUCCUCGGACAAAACAGCGGUAACCUGGACAAGCAGACGACCAGAGGAAACACGGCGCUGCAUUACUGCUGCCUAACCAACAACAGCGAGUGCCUGAAACUGCUGCUGAGGGGGAAAGCUUCAGUGUCCAUCACUAACGAUGCAGGAGAAACACCGCUGGACAUUGCCAAACGUAUGCGACACAAAGAGUGCGAAGAACUGCUGACUCAGGCUCAGACCGGAAAGUUUAACGUCCAUGUUCACGUCGAGUAUGAGUGGCGUCUGCAAAACGAAGACCUGGAUGAGAGCGAUGACGAGAUGGAGGACAAGCCCAUCCCACAGCGGCGGGAGGAGCGCCCGGUCAGCUGCUUUGUGCCUGGAAGUGGACCCGUGCAGCCCAACCUGGCGGCACUGGCGUGGGAUGUUGCCUCCCUGGCAUUAGACAAGCAGCGGCCUGCGAUCCCCAGCACCAUUAUUAGCAAUGAGACUUACGGCACCAUGCUGAAUGUGAACCUGCCGCCCCCCGGCCCAACGCCCCCGCUUCCUCCCCGAGGACCCAGCAGAGGUACCAAUAAAGGCACCUCCGUGGAAUCAGUAGGCAGACAGCGGUCGUCCUCCGACCCCCCCAACCCUCAAACGCCAGAGAGGAACUCCAAGUACGUGCUCUCACUGGUUCCUCCUCCUCCUCCUCCUCCUCCUCCUCCUGGGCCCAGCAGGAGAACCGGCAUGUUGGAGACCAAAGCCGCCACAGCCAAGACUGCCCCCCUCCCUCCUCUGCCUCCCCUGCCGACAGGACUACCUACAGCACCUCCAGUCCCGCCACCGCCCUGCAUCCCACCUCCAUCACCACCCCAGCAUAAAGUUCCUCUCCUCCCACCCAGCCACCAACACAGAGGACCACCAGGAUCCAAAGCCCCUGUCUCUCCUCCCGCAGCAGCGAGGGUUCCUCCUCCUCCUCAGAGACCUGCAGGCACGAUUCCGUUGGAAAAACAAGGUCGUCCGAUCGUGUCCCCUCAUAAUCCGUCUCCUCCACCCCGCAAACCCAGAACUACAUUUUCUAAGCAGAGGCCUCAGAGGGUGAGGGCCAUCUACAACUGUGCAGCGGACAGUCCAGACGAGCUGACGUUCAGCGAGGGAGAGCUGAUCGUGGUGGACGGCGAGGAGGACAGCGAGUGGUGGAUCGGUCACAUCGAAAGCGAUCCGACCAGGCGGGGAGUGUUUCCUCGCACCUUUGUUCACUUCCUGUCGGAGUGAUUCGUGCCUCCAACUGUGGUCAGACUGAGGGCACAUCUGGAUCCUCCUGUGGACCUGAGAGGAGAGUCCGACAUCCAAAGAGAUCUGAUUGGGGUCUCGAUCUUCACUCAUGCUCUUCCUCAAAAGCUGUCGGCCUGAGUUUGAAAUGUUCUAAAAGCUAUGCAGCGGACACAAAAAGGGCAGACCAGACCAAAAGUAUGUGAACAGUGUUCUUCAGUGAUACGUUUACACACAGCAGAGCUACGUUAGUACAGCGCCUCCACAGACAGAGAACAGGAACUACAGCUUAACACAGUUACAGUAAAAUCCUUCACUGCCUUAAAAAAACGCGACGAAACAACAGCUUUGUUUUUUUCUGCUUCCUGUUACAAAACCAGCUUCAUUUAUAGAAAUAAUCAGUUUACUAUGAAAGGACUUCAUCUUCAUUCUGUCAGGAUGACCGCACCGGCACAGCGUCCACAUACUUUUGGCGGAUGUGAUGUACAUUUCUGUGGUUCUGCUGCUGGGAUCUAGCUGUGUUACAUCAGGAACAUUCAGCUUGUUUGUAAAAGCUUCAGGAUGAAAUUAUUUUUAUUAUUUUAAGAUCAAACAUGUAAUCUGAGCAGAAAAUCUGAGUGUCCUUUAAAUUUUAAUGUAUUUUCGACUUAUUAAAAUCAUCAUAAGUGUACCUGUGA